CUCCCCACGCCGGCCUAGAGGUUCCUAAUCCCGGAGGUGGGGCCCGCGGCGGCAAUUUCGGGUAGGCUCAGGCGGAGCCGAGGCCGCGGCUGAGGCGGAAGCUGCGGCCGGCGGGGCGGGAAAGGGGCUGGCCCGGAAGGAGGAGAAACCCUGAAAAGAAAACAGCAACAAGAGGAGCUGCUCUGACAGAGGGGAACAAAAUGGCGGCGCCGAAGGCGAGCCUCUGGGUUCGGGCUCAACUGGGGCUCCCGCCGCUGCUGCUGCUGACCAUGGCCCUGGCCGGAGGUUCCGGGACCGCUGCGGCUGAAGCGUUUGACUCGGUCUUGGGUGAUACGGCGUCCUGCCACCGGGCCUGCCAGUUGACCUACCCCUUGCACACCUACCCCAAGGUGCCUGCCAGUUUGUACACAGUGGACCACACAGAAGAGGAGUUGUAUGCUUGUCAAAGAGGUUGCAGGCUGUUUUCAAUUUGUCAGUUUGUGGAUGAUGGAAUUGAUUUAAAUCGGACCAAAUUGGAAUGUGAAUCUGCAUGUACAGAAGCAUAUUCCCAAUCUGAUGAGCAAUAUGCUUGCCAUCUUGGUUGCCAGAAUCAGCUGCCAUUUGCUGAAUUGAGACAAGAACAACUCAUGUCCCUGAUGCCAAAAAUGCAUCUCUUGUUCCCUCUAACUCUCGUGAGGUCAUUCUGGAGUGACGUGAUGGACUCUGCACAGAGCUUCAUAACCUCUUCAUGGACUUUUUAUCUUCAAGCUGAUGAUGGAAAAAUAGUUAUAUUCCAGUCUAAGCCAGAAAUUCAGUAUGCACCACAGUUGGAGCAGGAACCUACAAAUUUGAGAGAAUCAUCUCUAAGCAAAAUGUCCUCAGAUCUACAAAUGAGAAGUGCUCAAGCACACAGGAACUAUCUUGAGAAUGGAGAAAGCGAUGGCUUUUUAAGAUGCCUCUCUCUUAACUCUGGGUGGAUUUUAACCAUGACUCUUGUCCUUUCGGUGAUGGUGUUGCUCUGGAUUUGUUGUGCAGCUGUUGCUACAGCUGUAGAGCAGUAUGUUCCCUCUGAGAAGCUGAGUAUCUAUGGUGACUUGGAAUUUGUGAAUGAACAAAAGCUAAGCAGAUAUCCAGCUUCUUCUCUCGUGGUUGUUAGAUCUAAAACUGAAGAUCAUGAAGAAGCAGGGCCUCUACCUACAAAAGUGAAUCUUGCUCAUUCAGAAAUUUAAGCUUUGUUUUAAAAAGUGUCAUAGACACUUAAAUUUCCAUUCUUCUAGAGCUUUUUAAAAUGGUUUCAUUGGACAUAGCCUUAAGAAAUCACUAUAAAUGCAAAUAAAGUUACCCAAAUCUGUGAAGACUGUAUUUGCUGUAACUUUACCUGUAUUUUUUUCCUAGUAAUUUAAGACAUGGAUGUUUGGGGUUGUGUUUUUAUUUUACUAAUGUCUGUAGCUACUUUGUUAACUGCAUUGAAUUUUUCUUUUCUUUCUUAGCCAAAUUCUACGAGCUGAUCAUUGUUCUUCCCCACCUCCUGCCACAAUACUGUCAGUUCUCUUAGCUAAUAAACUGACUACCUAGUAGGAUGCUUCUGCUCAAAAAUGGCCCACAAACCUGUAAUUUGAAAUUUAGCAGAAAAUACUGUUUAAUGACACUACAUUUUCAGUUGUAUUGAACUGAAAUUAUUAAAAUUUUAUUUGAAUAAUUA